AUGACCGCAGAGUUUGAACGACAACCUUUGGGUAGGAUGUCUGAAUCGAGAAUGAACCAACGUAAUGGGCCGACGAUGACCGAAUUAGCUGGCAAACCCGGUGCACGGAAGCUGCCAUCAAUCACGUCGAUGAUCCAUGAGGAUCCAGGCUUAGAAGAACGCUCUACAGAAGUGCAAAACGUUGAUUUCGACGAUAUUUCGCGCAAACUGAGGAUUCGAGUGCAAAUGGCAUAUUACAAGUACCGCACGAAACAGACGCGUCUAAGUUUCCGCCAGGUGGCCAAUUCCAGCGGCCAAUUAGGAAACUCGACGCCUAGUGGUGCAUUAAGAAAAGAGAAAGAAGGUGGUCAUCGAGUGGGUAAAAAGACGGGCAUAUUUGCAUCACAGCAUAACUCAUUAGUCGGUGUGGCAAAACCCACACGCAGACUAGUGAUGUCACAGGGCUCGUUGCGCACUCCAGUCAAACCCUCUUCUAGUAGCGCACCUAACGGCAGCGGCGGGGGCCGAACGCCGCUGCGAACGCUUGACGCCAACCAGACCACUCCGAUGUCCGUGAAAGCCGCCAAAUCUCUCAUAGAUCUAUUCACCAGUAAGCAUUGA